UCUGUUGUUCUUGCGAGUCCACUCCACUCUAUCUCUCUCUCUCUCUCUAUCUCAAAAUAAAAGAAAGCUACCAAUUGUGAGGAAACCUUCUGUCUUCUCUCCCUAGGGCACAAUGCAGCUCCGUCCGGCCGCCGCCGGGACUAUAGUCCUCUCUAUUAUGCUCUUCCUUCUCUCCGGUUCCAUCCAGGCGCACAAUAUUACUCGGAUACUCGCCAAGUUUCCAGAAUUUUCGACGUUCAAUCACUACCUGACGGUGACACACCUCGCCGCCGAUAUCAACAACCGGGAGACCAUAACCGUCUGCGCCGUCGACAACACCGGGAUGUCAGAUCUGCUCUCCAAACACCUAUCUGUCUCCGCCCUCAAAAACGCUCUCUCUUUUCACGUGCUCUUGGACUACUUCGGCGCCAAGAAGCUCCACCAGAUUACCAACGGCACCGCCCUAGCCGCCACCAUGUUCCAAGCCACCGGCUCGGCUUCCGGCUCAUCCGGAUUCGUCAACAUCACGGAUCUCAAAGGAGGUAAAGUCGGCUUCGGAGCAGAAGACAAUAAAGGCAAGCUCGACGCCGUUUUCGUCAAGUCGGUUCAUGAGAUUCCGUACAACAUCUCCGUCAUCCAGAUCAGCAAGAUCUUGCCGGCGCCGGAGGCUGAAGCUCCUUCUCCCGGCCCGAGCGCGAUGAAUCUGACGCUUCUUAUGUCGGCUCACGGCUGCAAAGUCUUCGCCGACACUUUGCUAGCUUCCGAUGCUGAAAAUACGUACAAGGACAAUGUCGAUGGUGGAUUGACGGUGUUUUGUCCCAUGGACGAUGCUUUCAAGAACUUCUUGCCGAAGUACAAGAACUUGACCGCGGCGGGGAAGCAGGAUCUGCUGGAGUAUCACGGCGUUCCGGUGUAUCAAUCUUUGUCGAUGUUGAAGUCUAACAACGGUCCCAUGAACACUCUGGCCACUGACGGAGCUAAAAAGUACGAUUUCACGGUUCAGAACGACGGCGAAGUUGUGACGUUGAAGACGAAGAUAGUUACAGCUAAAAUAACAGGGACUAUAAUUGACGAACAGCCAUUGGCGAUUUUCUCGAUCGACAAGGUUUUGAUGCCGACGGAACUGUUCAAGGCUGCUCCGACACCAGCUCCGGCACCGGCACCGGAGGCGGCGGCGGACGCUCCGAAGCCGUCGAAGAAAGCGCCAGUCCAGGCGUCGGAUUCUCCCGCAGAUUCUCCGGCGGAUUCUCCGGAAGAAGAUCCGGCGGAUCAGACGGCUGAUGAGAACGGCGCCGUUAGAUUCACCUAUGGUAGAUUUGCUACGGCCUCUCUAAGUUUGUGGUUGGCGUUUUUACUGAUGUAAGUUUCUCAUUCAGAUUUUUUUUUUUUUUUUCGGUGAAAUACUUGGCUAAUAAGUGAGGCCUUUAUUGCUAUUAAAUUAUUUGUAUUACUAAUUUUCUUCUUUAUGUCUGGUUUUCUUCUCUGUGUGGUUUUUAUUUUGAUUUCAUUUUUGUGUUUGAGGAAUUUGUAAGGGGUUGUGAUUUUGCUUGUCAUUGUAAUUUGUCAGAACAUAAUUUUACUCAUUAUGAUUAUAGAUUUUCAUACUCAUAA